AUGGAUGCAGCAACAAGCUCCACGGGCAAGGUCUUGACGAAGCGUGGGCGGGGCAGAAAGAGAAGAAACAAUCGAAACAAGAAGCGAAAUGCUGCAGAUGGACUGGGCGAGGCUGAGAUCGACUGCGAUUCUAGCCAUUACGUGUACCUCAUCAUAGGAUCUAAAGAUUCGACCGAUCUCGACACCCUGUACGUGUUUGAUCGCCUCCCACCCAUCCAAGCCUGCUACAAAUUCUGCGAUUUCGCGGCAGAUGCCCGAGAGGCGGAAGAAGACGAAGAGCAGGUGGAUAGCGAUGAAAGCGAAGGAGGUGCAAAGGAAGUGAAGAAGAGUGGCAUCGGAGAAGGAAGCCAAGUGCAUAGCGACGACGCCUCUCUGAACCACUUGCAGCGGCAGCGACGGCUCAAGCCAGAGAACAAGAACAUCGUCGUGCUCGAUGGUGACGGCAUCGUGUGCGCCAGCUUCAAGGGGAUCCCUGAUGCCAUCCACAACUGCGUCCACUACACCUAUGCCCUGCACGAGCAAGACCACCCUUCUCCGCUUGCGCACAGGAAUGUGCCGAUGCGCUUGGUCAAGGCCACGAGGGACCUGAUGGGCAUUGUCAGCAAGACCAAGUACCGACAGCACUCCAAGUCUGCGCUCAAGGCGACCAACAGCUUCGCGGCCCGCAGGGAAUGCCUCAUGCAGGUAGACUUUAGCCUAACGUACCUGGAUGUGGUUGUCGUCAGAGAAGUGAAAGACGAGCUCAACGCCUCCCAGUUCAAGACGGUGGCGUUCCACUUCUCGCAACUGAUCGGCCUCAUGCGCGGAAGAGAAUACUUCACCAAGGCCGACCUGGCCACAGCGUUUCCCGAUCUUGCGCCGUUCUUGCACAGGGCUGAUGACGCGACCGUCCAUCUGGAGGUGCUCAACAAGUACCGGGACAUAUUUGUUACGAUGAUAGCCGAGGGCCUCCAGGUCCAUGCCAAGGGGCCACUGCUCCUGUUUGCCGCCGACCCCACGUCGUGCAAAGGUCGGUGGAACAUGCUGACCUAUGAGUCCAGGGGAGUGAUCAUUGACAGUGUCCGUGAGCGCUGCGUGGCCUACCCGCUCGACCACUUCUUCGCACUCGAUGCGGAAUCGGGAGUAGUGCCGUCGUGGCCCACCGACGAGGAACUACUCCGGCGCGAGGGCAUAGAGCAACUCCUGCGCGGCUCCACCACCGCCAUCACCACCGACGACCGCCACAACGCAGAGCUCUCGGCGUUCUACACGGCGUUCCUGGACCCCAACACGCACCGACCGAGCAUAGCCGGCGAGCGCGCCUUCGACGUUCCGCCAUCAGUGAAGGAGCAGUGGGACAGGCUUGUGGGCAACGACGAUGAUGAUAUGGAGGGGAAGGACGAGCAAGUCUCUCGACUACUAGAAGCGAUGAAGCUCUACACCUUCAUCCUUGUCGCGACCCGAUCCGGCACUGAAGAGGAGACCGGGACCCGGCUGGCGCUCCUGGGCCUGCGACAUCAUCACACGUGGGACAUGCAACCUCUGGCCGUGGUACAGGACGUGGCCGCCCAGGUCGGACUCCCCUCUGUCGCGCUGUGA